GGUGCUGUGAGAUGAGAUUCCACCUCGACAAAGUGUGAGGUAGUGAACCGAUCAGAAUUCAAGCGUGCUGUCGUUUUGAAGAGAAUUUAUCCUAGUCCAAAACAAAUUCACUGCUAUUUUAGUAUGCUUACUUUACUUCUACAGGUAAGUGAAAAACCUUACAAGAUUUUCUUCACUGACAUCUUACAUAUCCUACACGUAGAUGAAAAUACUCCUUAAGCAAGCUGAAACAGGACAAUUAAAAGACAACUUGAAGUGAAAUGAGGAACUUGCUUGGCUCAGGGCUCCGAAUCCUUCGUCAUCUGUGAAGUUAUUUGACCCACGGAGUUACCUACUCCUUCCUGCACAAGGCAUCGAAGCAUAGCCUCAUCCUCAGUGAGAUAUUUACCUGGUAAAGUGUCAUCACUGCUUUCAUGGAGUUCUCCAUCAAAGUGGAGGGUCUGAGGGCCUCACAGGCUGCAGCAACAUUCCCUAAGGCCCUCCCCAGCUCAAAAUGCUCAACUGAGUUAUAAACCUGAGAGAGUGAAUUGUAAAGUUGAAAGUCUUGCAGAAAAUCCGCUGCUGGCAGCUCCCUCGGAGAAGGCUCCAGUCCAAAAUGACAACUGCAGCAGCGUGGUACAGGCACAGGAAUUGUCUCUCAAAUAAGCAUAGCCCUGUGAAGCCAUUUAGGGCUACACAGAGUCCAACCAACACCUUGAACUCUGUCCAGGAACCCUGGAGAUUAAGGAGCUCUCUUGCCAGCAGCAUGACCUGAAACACAACCUGCCCGUGUCGCUAGACAGUUUGAGAAGCCUAUUUUCCUCUGACACUCCUUUCAAACUCUUAAUAAUAGCAUGGCACAGAUAAAAGAUGUUAGGUUGACUAGCGAAGUCUCUGAAAUUUGUAUUUAAAUGAAGACAAUACUUUUUUUUUUUUCCCCACUUAACCAUGUUAGUUUUGUUAGCGGAUUUUCUUCUGACAGAACAAAUUUGAAUAAAAGUACUUUGCUAAGCAUGACGGCGUACACUUUGUACAGUUGUAGGCAUUGUCUGGCCGCCCAAUAUUGUCACAAGGAAAGUUAAUUAGACAGUUCAGAUUUUCACGUUCAGAAAGCACCCAGACAGCGUGACUCAUUCUGGAAGUGGGAAGAGAUCGAAUCCCCAACGUGUACCACCGGAAACUCCUCUCUCCUCUCCAGAGGGAUUUGUUUGUCGGUGUCUCUGCCUCAAUUCACGAGUAAAUAAAUCAAAAUAAGGAAGGAAUGAAACUAUGUCCUCUGGCAAUGAUCUUAAACUAAUUGUCGUCAUCCAGUUUGUGGCAGAAACCUGCGUGUUCCGUGCUGCCCUGGUGUGGAUGGGAGCAGCUGAUCAGCAGCCACCCUGCUGCGUGGCAGGGGGCUUUCGACAUCGUGGUUUGCAAUCUGGAGGAAAAACUGACUGGUAGAGCUGGAAGGCGCAGGUUGGAAGCUGCUUUUCUUGGUUUCCUUUAGCAAGCUGUGUAAAAGUAGAAUGGGAUAGACCCUUAAGUGGCUACAGACUGGAAUUUGGUAACCAGACAGGUGAUUUUUCUGUCCUUUUUUUUAAAGGAUUUUUAAUCCGGGUAAUUUCCUUAAUAACAACAUAUUCUUGCAUCACCAAAAAGAGCAGAAAUAAAUACAAGAUACUAGAUUACAGUGCAUUUCUAAAGAAAGCUUCUGAACUUACCCUCAGCACUAGUGGCAGCUGUUGUAUUUUUCCAUGAUAUUUGCAUUUUUUUUUAAGAGGGGAAAAAAAAAAUCCUCUCCCUCAGGAGACUGUAACUGAGGGAACAAUCCUAAAGCAAUGUCCGCAGGAUUGGUGGGUUUUACUCAUGGCUGUAUCUGAACAGGGAGUGAAAGGAUCCUCUUCUACAGGCAUGGUUGCGAAAUUAAAUCUUGAGUGGCCAAACAGUGGGAAUGGUGAAAUUACAUUUGCAUCCCGUAAAGGAGAACACUUUCCUGAUACAGUUUGGAUUGCUCUUGUGUAUCUGUUUCCCCAAAACACCAAGAAUUUCUGGUCACCUGACUUACUCUUCUUGGAAGCAGGACUUCUGUGGCUGUGCCGUGUGUGUGUGCAAGCACUGCUUUAUUUAUGCAGGUGUGGUCAUGUGUGAUGUGGUUGUGAGAUCUCAUCCGUGUCCCUAAAUCCCUGAAGGCAGGGUGCAGAGAGGCCGGAGCCAGGCUCUGCUCAGUGGUGCCCAGUGCCAGGACAGGAGGCCAUGGGCACAGCCGGGCACCCAGGAGGCUCCCUCUGAGCACCAGGCAGCACUGCUGUGCUGGGCGGGUGACGGAGCCCUGGCACGGGCUGCCCAGAGGGGCUGUGGGGUGACUGCAGUGUCUCUGCUCUGUUCUUUCUGCUCAGCUGGCUGGUUGGGCUCGAGCCCGUCGGCCUCCUUAAGCAGGCAGCAGUAUUUGGGGGCAGCUGCAUGUGGGCACCAAGUCAUCUCAUGGCAAACAGCCUGUGGUCACGGCCUUUGUCUACCCACAGAUGAGGAAAGACUGCAGCUGUUCAUCUGCAUGGUCAGCAAAGAAAUAAUUGCUACUUCUGGAAAAGAAAAAGCUUAAGUUUUUGCUCUUCUCUUUAAAACAUAUUAGAGGAUGUGAUGAAUUGAGCAACAGCUUGCUCAAGUCUUGCAUGCUGUCAAUACUGGUGAUCUAAUAGGCUUACACUGGGAACUCAUUGACCUCUUAGGAUGGUGGCCUGGUGGAAAGCGCAUCCCUGCCUUGUUAAAGGAUAACUACAGGCAUCUUUAGUUGUCUUUCCAAAAUAAAAGUAACUCUUUGCCACUCAGUUUUUUGCAUUUGAAAGUGUUUUUAUGUAUAUUUCUAUGGAGAAAUCAUAUUGCACUUUAAAAUGCAAUUGAUGCUUUAAAAAUAUUUGUUUUGCAGGCUAGCUAUUUUCUCUAGGCAGAGCAUUACUCAUCUUUAUCAUAACAUCGGUUGUGUUUCUGAAUUCUAGGGGGUUUUUACUGGCUGGUUAGUUCUCUGUGUGGCUGUAAGAGUGGCGGUGGUUUUUUGUUUGUUUGUUUUGUGGCCACGUGUAGAUAGCGUCUAGAGUACCACUUCACCAUUUCUCCAACCUAAGCAUCCUUCUCUCCGAGUGCUGAGCUUGAGAUACUUGGCAUCACUCAAGACACGGACUGGUGAAGAGGAAUUUCUGCUGCAUUUCGUGGCAUCAUACCAUAGGAUGGCCCAGGUUGGAGGGGACCUGACAGACCAUCCAGUUCCAGCCCCCUGCCAUGGGCAGGGAUGCCACCCACUGGAUCACGUUGCUCCAAGUCCCAUCCAGCCCAGUCUUGAACACCUAUUUCCACCUCAUUGUUUGGAAUAAAAGCAUUUCCCUUGCAGCUUCCAAGUACAGCAGUGAACAUAGGAUAUUUUGCAAUGGCACAGCAGUGAGCUUUGUCUUAGCAUACAACCUUUGUCUCAGUUUCAUAAAGGCAGUGUUAUGUGCUUGAUUUAACUUGUUCAGUUUCUUGCAAAUACAUCAGUUAUUACUGGAGACUUAGCAUAAAGUUCUACAAUAAAAGAUAAUGAAAUGCAUUGGUAGGCAAAUCAUCCAAUUGCUGCAACUGUAGCCUGGGAGUUACAGAGUGACCACUCGUUAUGCUUGCAUGCAAUCACUUCUUUUUUUUUAAAGGCUUUGUCUCUGUGCUUGAAAUGUCAAGGUUUGUAUGAAAGCAGCAGCUCUUCUCUCUAGGCAGUCUGGAUUUCCUAGGUGCUCCAGCUCUGUCUGCCGUGGUCCCUCAGAUUCUCCCAAGGAGGGGACUCUUCCCUUCCCACCCCUCUCCCAGCCGAGGCUGCACCCCUACAGCAUCCUACCCCUGGCUCUGUGCCCUCCUCAACUCUCCUCCUGCCUCUGAGUCCGAGUUAUUCCCCCACCUCCAGCCAGCUCACGAUUUUGGGGUAGCCUGCUGCUCAGCCAAGCGGCAUUAGAGACCCGAUGAGCGCCAUACGCUGUGGGAUCUGUGGGAGCCACGAGAAGUAGGUGUUGGGAGCUUCCCCCUCUUGAAAGGUCAGAAGUUUGAAGAGCUGCCAUAUGCUGUACUUUGGCGACGGGGUUUAACUUCGUGACUCUUUGUAUUUUAAAUGAGGUAAGAGGAGGUUGCUGAGCUAGUCAAGUUAUGGGAUUUGCAGGUUUUAGCGAAGAAGUAGAGCUCUUUGUUCAUUUGCGCUGUGUACUUUCGAGUGAUUCUAUUGUAGCCCGUCACAGAUGUGACAGGAGAUCCACAUUGUUUCUUACUGAGGUUUCUUUGUUGACCCCCUCAAUCCCAGUAGGAAGCCUAGUGUACUGGUUAAAACCUUAAUAUGAAUGCUGUGCUGUCAUUGCAAACAUGAUUUAAUGGGAUGAUCUGACAUUUUGUAAACCUUCGGCAGCACAGCUUCUUUCAGGGGCGAGCCGAGAGAAUUCUUCGAGUCCAGGCAGCUGGUUCACGGAACUGACAUCAUGCAAAAAAUGUUUUCUUAAUUCAUGCAACUGCAGCUUGUUAGAAUACUUUAUGCAAAUGAAACAAUAUAGCACAAGUCUUGAGAUUGUCCCGAGUUUAGUCACAGUCAGGGCAGCAGCGUGGCAUUAGCAUGAAGAUUUACCAGCAGCCGAUGCUCAGACCUGAUGCCCAGAAGACACGCGGUUGGAGCAUGGGAAGUUGUUUUGUGGUGUAGGGUUUUUCUGUUUGUUUUGUGUGGUUUGUUUGUUUGUGUUUGUUAUACUUAUUGCUACUGCAGAAGACAUUGAGGGGACCCAUCUUAGCAAAUAAACUUCCAGAACUUACACCCUUAUUUUGAAGGUAGGUUUUCAAGCCCGAUCCUAUUCUUGUCCUAGCUGUGUGUGUGGAGCCAUAAGGACACCACUUCUGUGCUGGGAAGUUCUGAGUUUGCAUGUAAAUGGUGGCUCACAUGCCCUCUGCCAAACCAGGCAUUUCUGGUAUCACAGAAGAAGUGCCUGGCUCUAAUCAGGGAGAUAUUAAACUAAUGACUACCAAGUGAUCCUGCUUGCUUUUAAGGGCAGAUCUUGGGCAUAGGGGAAGUGGACUGGCUUCUUAUUUUGCCUACAGAAGUUUUAACAUGCUUAACGUUAUCCAAUACCGGUGACUGAGGUAGUCUAAAUACCACAGCAGGGACUGAUUAGCUUUUUCAGAUCACUGCUUUUAUUCGCUGUUUGCAAAGAGGCUUAAUCCAGUGCUGGAGAUCAGGCUUCCCACUGUGCUCGUGGGUAGCUUUCCCUCAGUCUUUGUGUUCACGGUGGCAGAAAUUAGUGAGGAGUCUCCUCCUGCCGCUGACUCAAAAGCCCCAAAAUAGUGGUGCUGGCUGUUGUUCUCGGGAGUGUUUAGUGGACAGUGCAGAGGAACUAAACUUGGGGGUCCCGAUCUUCAGUUUCGUAUCUGGACGUAUGGUAAAGUCAUCAGGUGGUAGCGUGAUGGAGUGUGGUUUCGUUUACUGCCUUGAAUCGCUAACAUCCACGUAAAGCUCUGGGAAAUCACCCAGAGAGGCCUCACAAACCUGUUCGCCUUCGUUACUUCUUCUAAAUCGCAGCUGAAGUUUCCCGGCAGGUCGCCUGUCUUCCCAAGCAGAGGAGGAGGACAGCUGACCCUGUGGUUUUCAGUCGUGCUUUCAGCCAUGUACAGAUGCUGAAGUUCAGAAAAUUUGCUCUUCCAGCAGUCCUUCAGGUGAAUGUUUGCAAAUGUAGAAUCUCUGCAAGGCUGCGUGCUUCUCUGCACUGAGCUGCCUGUGCUGAGGUUACCAGCCGUGGCAGCUUCUGAUUCGGAAGGCCGUAUGACUCUGCUUUUUUAAUCAGACAUCAAACCUUGCUGCUGUUUUAGGGCCUGUUGGAUUGGAAACAUUGGGCAGUGCAGGGAGCAGGACUGGAGUUUGGGUUUGGGUUAUCAUUGUGGCUUACCUCAGUCAAAAUAAAAACAAGAAGCUGGCUAUUGCCUAGCUGCUGACUUCUGUUCAAAUAUUUCAUCACUGCAAAGGAGCAGAAAGAUCUUGACAUCCAGAACAGGCCUGUGAAAUAACAGGGAGAGAAGUUCUGUUACAAACAGGAGUGGUGCCAGAACAAAAGGGUGCUUCUUGCUGCCUUUCUAUCAAGUGCCCUAAUGUUUCGCUGCCAUUGCAUAAAAAUGUGCAUUAUUGCACGUAUUAAUAUUAUGUGAGUUUAGUUUAAUCAGUUUUGCCUUCUGCUGAAACUGAAAUAUGUCCACAAGUACUGUUAUAGCUGUGUAUAAAUGCAAAUUUAUUACACUUACUGACUGAUGCACAAAAGUGUCAGGAAAUUCAGAAAGCGGUUUCUGAAUACAUUUCAGUGCCUAGUGUGGGCUCCUUUCAUAGCUUCUUGCACAAUGUACCGAUAUGAUUAAUUUUGCUAACAAGAGAAGGGGAACACGCAUAGCUACUGAUGGAUUUAUUUCACCUCAAUAUUUUUCCUUAAAAAAAACUUUUAGUUUCUGUGAUGGAAGAGAUUAUAUUCCUCGGGAGUGAUUUUUUUUUUUUAAUUUCAUAGGAACUCACAACUUUUACUACUUAAAAAAUAAUUCCUUUUCUUUGUUUCAUGAAUUAGAAACAAUGAGGAGAAGCCGAAGUCUGCCCAAGCCAGGUGUUUCUUGUUGGCAGCCUGCUCCCUAAUGACUCUGGCUCUCAUACAGCAGCUGCCUGCUAGUCUCUUUUGUAUGGCCUAUUGUUGCUGCAUACCCCUCGUUAAUACACAUGCUGCCCGGGGCAGACCCUGCGAAUGACAUCAACUUGCUUAUCUUAGAAACCUCCAAACCUGAUGCAGGGUGGGGAGGUUGCCUUGCAUCUGCCCGGCCAACUAAUUGUGAGCGCUGCGGGUUGUGAUUGGCUCCUCUUCCGCUCAGUAAUAGGUUAAGCAAAGACAUUGCGGGUCCAUCUGUUCAUCCAUUCAUUGUUCUGCUCGCUAGCCUGAAGUCUGCAGCUGAAAUCGUGUUAAGGAGUUGCUUCUGGAACAGCUACAAGAAACCAAUGUCUGUGUGUUUCCCAGCGAACGAAUACGGAACACUUUAUAUUCAGGAAUACAAGAAAAACAGCAAAGUGGAGUCAAGUACAUGCAGCAGCUUCAUGGGCUUGAAGGAUCACCUGGGGCAUGACUUAGGCCAUCUUUAUGUGGGGAGCACUGGCACACAAAUAAAUGCAAUUGUACCUUGGUCGAUGGCGGAGAAGCCAACGAUGGAUAAGGUUAAUUCUAGGAAAGAAGAUGUAGUCAAGGAGGCAUCUGAAGAGACUUCAGGAAGCUCCAGUUGUGACUCUGAAGAAAGCACAAAUUCUGAUAAUGAUUCAGAGAAACUGAAUAAUUCUGCAUCAGAAUCACAUUUAUUGCCUAAGACUCACCGACAGCUGUGCCGAUCUCCUUGCUUAGAGCCUCAUAUUCUAAAAAGAAAUGAAAUCUUGCAAGACUUUAGGAUAGAAGAGGCUCAGAUAGUACCGAAGGAAGUCAAAAAGCCCCCUGAUGUGGUGAAAGAAUAUCAAACCAAACUGGAGUUUGCACUUAAGUUGGGUUACUCUGAAGAGCAGGUUCAACUUGUACUAAAUAAACUUGGUACUGAUGCUUUAAUAAACGAUAUUUUGGGAGAACUUGUCAAACUUGGGAAUAAAACUGAGACUGAUCAGUCUGUAACUAAUGCUAACACUAGUAUAAUGCGUGAAGCGUCUUCCAUAGAGUCUCAGAGGUCAGAAUCUCCGCUGCAGGAGGAUGUGAUGGAGGAUGGUGACAACCUGAGGCCAAUAGUUAUUGAUGGCAGCAAUGUUGCAAUGAGCCACGGGAAUAAAGAAGUAUUUUCUUGUCGAGGGAUCAAAUUGGCAGUAGACUGGUUUUUGGAAAGAGGCCAUAAGGAUGUUACAGUGUUUGUGCCAGCAUGGAGGAAAGAACAGUCAAGACCUGAUGCUCUCAUCACAGAUCAAGAGAUCUUGCGUAAAUUAGAAAAAGAGAAGAUUCUUGUGUUCACACCGUCCCGCCGAGUACAAGGGAGAAGGGUGGUAUGCUACGAUGACCGAUUCAUAGUGAAGCUGGCCUUCGAGUCAGAUGGCAUCAUUGUUUCUAAUGACAACUACAGGGAUCUAGCUAAUGAGAAGCCCGAAUGGAAGAAGUUCAUAGAUGAACGCUUGCUGAUGUAUUCAUUUGUUAAUGACAAAUUUAUGCCUCCUGAUGAUCCUCUUGGCCGCCAUGGCCCAAGUCUGGACAAUUUUCUUAGGAAGAAGCCUAUUGUGCCAGAACAUAAGAAGCAACCUUGUCCAUAUGGGAAGAAAUGUACCUAUGGACACAAGUGCAAAUACUAUCACCCAGAAAGAGGAAAUCAGCCUCAGCGAUCUGUAGCUGAUGAGCUUCGUGCCAUGUCUCGAAGCACAGCUGCCAAAACUACAAGUGAAGGAGGACUGGUAAAAAGCAAUAGUGUUCCCUGUAGUACUAAGAAUGAUGGCACUUCUGAGCUUAAGCGUGCCGCUCCGAAGAGGCAGUCAGAUCCUAGUAUAAGGACUCAAGUCUACCAAGACUUGGAGGAAAAGCUUCCCACCAAAAACAAAUUGGAAACCAGGUCUGUACCUUCCUUAGUUAGCAUACCAAGUUCCUCUGCUGCAAAACCCCAAAGCACUGCACCUUUAACCAACGGCCUUCCAUCCGGAGUUCAUUUCCCACCUCAGGAUCAACGACCACAGGGACAAUAUCCUCCUACGGUGAUGAUGGCAACCAAAAAUCACGGAACGCCAAUGCCUUACGACCAGUAUCCAAAAUGUGAGUCUCCCGUGGACGUAGGGUACUACUCCAUGCUGAAUGCGUAUUCAAAUCUGAGUAUAUCUGGUCCACGGAGUCCCGAGAGGCGCUUCUCCUUGGACACAGAUUACAGGAUCAGCUCCGUGGCUUCUGACUGCAGCAGCGAGGGGAGCGUUAGUUGUGGCAGCAGCGACUCCUACGUGGGGUACAGCGACCGCUCCUACAUGAGUUCGCCCGACCCGCAGCUGGAGGAGAACCUGAAGUGCCAGCACAUGCACCCCCACGGCCGCCUUAACUCCCAGCCCUUCUUGCAGAGCUACCACGAGCCUCUAGCCCGAGUGCAGAGCUACAGCCACGAAGAACCAAAGCACCACCACAAACCUCCCAUCCCGUACCUGGCUGUGCACCUGCAGCACCCCGUGGUGGGUGCUCGCUCCAGCUGCCCCAGCGACUACCCGGCCUCGCAGAGCUCGCCGCACUCCAAGGCCGUGCACCUGGGGAGAGCCCUCGUGUCCACCCGAAUCGACAGCAUUUCGGACUCGCGUUUGUACGACAGCUCUCCACUGAGACACAGGAAGCCUUUCGCUGCCCAAGACGGGCUUGGAAGCUGGGACAGGCAGAGCUACGGGGUCGAUGCCUACAGCUACCGCCAGACCUACUCCUUGCCCAGCAACCCCACGCAGCCCUGCUACGAGCAGUUUGCCUUCCAAAGCCUGCCCGAACAGCAGGACCAGGCCUGGCGCGUACCCUACUGCGGGAUCCCUCAAGACCCCCCGAGGCACCAAGACACCAGGGAGAAGGUUUACAUAAACCUGUGCAACAUCUUCCCCCCCGACCUGGUGAGGAUCGUCAUGAAGAAGAACCCCCACGUGACGGACGCGCAGCAGCUGGCCGCAGCCAUCUUAGUGGAGAAGUCUCAGCUAGGUUAUUGAGAGAUGAUGCAUCUUUGUGGUGUCUAGUAGUUUUUCAGCUCAGCUCUAAUGCUGAGGGAGGUUUGCUACAAUAGCAUUUGGGAUCUCCUUCUCAGCAAGGAGGUUAUAAUAGUAAUCCAUUUAUGUGAAAUGCUGUAUCAUGGAGUCUGUAUGUAUAGCCCCGUGCAUCCGAAGGACCCGGUAUGUUUUGUGUUCUAGUUUGAAAAUUUUUUAAAUGGCUAUUUUCAUGGCUGGAGGAUGCUCCAGUUUAAAUUAAUAUAUAUAUAUAUAUAUAUAUAUAUGAAAAAAAAAAUCUGUCGUCUCUGGUUAUAAUCUUUGGUGCAUCAGGGGUUUAUAUGCAGCACUUUCUAUCCUUGUUACAUGUUGUUGCGACUUUCGGUUUUGUUUUUUAACUUGCUGGAUGUUUGUCCUUGGGCUGCGUGGUGUCAAAACGACCUGCAGAGAGAGGAUUUUGCUUCUUCCAGCAGACAAAUUUCAAGCCAAGUUUUUGAACUUUUUACAACACCGUGUUUGUUUGUUCGUUUUUUGUGGGCUUUUUUUUUGUGUUAUAAUCAUAUUUAUAGGAAACAAAGAUUUACUACAGCACUGACUUUAUUUUUUAAACGAAUAAUUGAGUUACCAGUUAACGGUGAAAUGGGUAACGAUAUAUUAGUAAUUUAUAGUAUGGCACUUUUCAUUGCUCUUUGUUUUGUUUAAGUAGUUACAUGUUUUGUUGAUGCAGUUGAUUAGUAAGAUCAAAUGCAAUCAGAGGACAAUUUUUUUAUUAUUAUUUUUUACUAAUUUAUGGGUAAGGUGGAAAGCCUUACUGCCUGAUUUUCAAAGGUGCUGAGAAUUUGCAGCCCCCUUUGAACCUGCCACAAACUGCAAACACUCAGUACCUCCUAGAAGCAGGCCACCUGGUUUCAAUUCCCACGUGCUGUUUUCCAGCUUCCUGUACUCCUGGUCAGUAGAAAGGGGCCUGAAAUCUCGUAGGGUUCUGUUUAGUUGUUUAUGUGUUUUUCUUUGUAUUGCUGCACCAGUGUACUGGAUAAAAUACGCUUUUCAUAAAAUAUUUACCUGUUUUUAAAUGAAUUUAAUUAUCUCAAUGCAAGUUUUGUAUUUAAGAUACUGUUUGUUUUUUUGUUUUUCUUGCUAUUUAUCAAGGCUGGCCUGAAAAGGGUUUGUGUGUUGAGGAUAUGCAACGUUUAUUAACUGCACUAUGGUAAUGAUAUUGUAGCUCAAAAUAAUAACUUAAACUUUUUGUCUUUUCUGUUUCGGUUGGGGAGGGAGGGUCGCGGGGAGAGAAGAGGCUGUACGUGUUCCUGAGGUUAGUCCGUGGCCUGUUGCAUCAUGGAGGCCCGAUUCUUGCCACAAAUAGUGUAGUUUUAGAAAGAGACAAAACAAGUCUGUUUUAGUACUAGUAAGGGAUAUUUCUGGUUAAAGUCAUGGGUUUUACUAGCACCUCAUAAGCUUUUAUAUAUAUAUAUAUAUAUUAAAAAAAUAGACAUAGAUCUUGCAAUUGAUGUCAGUUGUACUUAACGUGACAUAGUCAGUUACCUACAGUUUUAGGUUUCCAUCCGUUGUAAUGUUUUUCAGUGUUACAAAACCACUAGUUUACUGCUGAUAAUUUUGGUACACUUGCUGGAAUUUAAAGGCCCUGAAGAACCAGAAAGUACCUUUUACUGUUGAUACAAAUUGUAUCUUUUUAACUGAGAACUAUUUUGAUUUGUAGAUUUAGUAGAAACACAAACGUAUAACUAUAGUCUUUUGGGCAACAUUUUAUCCCUUAUUGGAAAAUUAGAGUUUUCAGACAUAGAAUAGACUUAGGUGAGUAAAAAUAGAUAUUUAUUUAGGUGUCUGUCUCAAUUUCACAUAUUGAAAAGAAAAAGAAAGAAAGAAACUAUUGGCAUCUUCUUCCUUCUAAAAUCUUUGUAGUGUAAACUCACUAAAAUAAAGGUAAAAUGCUGCCUGAAAAUGAUGUCCAAGCACCUUUGAAUACGAAGACAUUUUCACUACUUGCGCGACACCAUGUGUUGCGGCGAGUAGGAUUUGGGUAUACAGUAAAUGCUUCUAAAGAGCAUUGUGCUUAUAGACAUAUCCAAUAAUCUGAACCGUGUUCAGCAAACUAAUUCAGGAAGUAGUGUUCCAGACAGCUUUCACUGCUGAUUUGGCCUGGGAUCUGCAUUCGCCUGUCCCUGUGACAAUACAGGAGGUGCUGUACAUAAUUAGCCUGAGUUGUCUGCUUGGCAGUAGUUUGUCCCGUGGUGUGGUGGGUCGCUGUCCGUAGAGCUUGUCUGAACCUAGAGGCUGAUGCAGCGCUCGCGCUGAGGUUUGGAGUGGUAGAUGGGUCUCGUCUCAGUCGUACUCUAAGAUUUUUUAAAAACUGAAUUACACUGAAGUACUCCACCGUAGUGUAGGUGCAGCUGUUUUAGUACUGCAGUUCCUGUGUUUGUGUUUUUGGUGAGUUUCUACAUUCAUUCUUAUGUAGGAAUUCCCUUCUGCCAAAAGAUGAAUUCCUUGAAGGCCAACAGAAGCGUGUGCUUGUAAUCGAGGCGUUUUAUCUCUCCUGCCCGUCACACGAGCCUCAGAAGGCUCCGAGCAGCGCCGCCGUGCCAAGAAGUGUGGUGCUGGGGGGGGAAAUCCUUUCCAUACGUUGUGUGCUUUGUGCUGAAGCACUGAAAAUGCUUUAAAAGUAGAAGAACGGGGGAUAUUCGGUGGUUCUCAGUGUUGUGCAAUGAUGUGCUAGUUCCCCUUAGGCCCUUACCCUGGGUAAAGAAAACGCGCAGUGGACAAAGCGUUGGCCUUGGUGUUUCCUUUGUAGUUGAUGUGAGUAGCAGAGGGAAGGAGGAGGUGUGUGCGACCUCCCCCUCGAGGAGGAGAUCAAUCUGUGUAUUUCACACCCUGUGGAGAGGAAACGAGUGCUAGGCAUGACCACGGUGGUACUGCUCAGUACUGCGCCUGGUGGUGUGGUUGUGUUGAUGCAAAUAACUGAACCACAGCAUCUUAAACAGCAAAAGGUGGCUCGCUAACGUUGUCUUUGCUGCAAGUGCUGGGGUUACAGAGAAUAAAGCACAGCUAGCCCUGUCCCACCCCUAAAAACAGGGCAGCGCUUACCCUUGUCUUCACUACUCAAGAGUUGUUUUGAUACUUAGCAGAAACUCCGUAUUUUUAAAUACAAUCCAAGCCAUUACAGCUCCCUCAGUACUGGUGUGUAGAUACACGGUGUUUUGAGCGCACAUUGACAUUUGGCAUCUGCCCACAGCAGUUUUGUAACGAAGUGUGUUGCCAAUAUUUAGAGUUCCUAAAAUGCCCCGUGGAUACCUGACUUAGAGCUCAACGUGCCCGGGCUGCGACAGUGUUAAUCACUAAGAUGUCUUUUUAAAAAAAAAUCCUGAAAUGUCACAUUGUUGUUUUGUUGUUUUGUUUUUUAAUACCUUAAACUCACUUGCCAACUACCGCUAAUGCUCUGAGGUAAGGCCACAUCCUUUCAGGUGUCCCGUUGUCCGGGCUAUGUCUGAACUGUAGCUCGGGGCUCUGCUGCAGAAGAGCUCCGGGGAGAGCCACAGGGCUGCCGUGUUCAUGGAACACCCCAAAAAGGAGGAGUGCCAGCCUGGGGAUGCCCGUGAAGGGGACUUUGGCAGCCUUCGAGUACGCGGACUGUCACUGACUCGUUGCCGACCUUCUGCUGUGAAAGUAGUAGCUACUGGUGAACACUUCUCCAAAAAUACCAAACCCGUCGGUGCAAACCGGAGUACCUCACUUGGAGCGGGGAGCCGGCGGCUCCUGUCCCCGCGGGGUGACAGGGAGGACGCAGUGCCCAGGGAAGAGGUGCCGCAGCACCUCGCGAGGCUACCAAAACCCAUGUCAGUCCCAUCAGUUGCUGGUUUGACCAACUUUGACGUUUUUGACGUGUGAAGCUUGAAAAGGAAAAAAAUGCGAGAUGAUGCUUUUUGUACUGUCUAAAGCAUUUAGAACAAUACAACACCCAACUGACUUUGCAUUGCUACUGAGAAAUUAAAAUACUGUGCAAUUAAAGAGACCAUUUUUUAAUAAAAGUAAUUUAGAAAUUAUUUAUUUUGAUUUACAGUGUGACUCUUGCUAAUUUAUUCCUUGCAUUAUAAGGCCGUGGUGGAGUGCCGUUUAUAUUUUUUAUUUAGCCUAGGAACUUAAGCUGUUGAAAAAACAACAGAUUAAAGCUCAAAACAAAACAAAUCCCUAUGGCCUUGUUUUGUUUUCUUACAAAAGGGCUGAGGUUUUUUAAAUGUCAAGUCAUGCAUUUUAUAUACUUUGUAAGUUAUAGAGAAGUUUAGUCUAGGAAUUUUGUUGCAGGUCGAUGUGUGUGUGUGCAUUGUUCGGACUGACCCUGUAACUAAUCCCCAAACCAUAUGUGUGAUGAAAUGGUUGUUCCAGCUGACCUUUCAGUAGAUAACACGAGGUGUGUUCAGACUUCACCUUCAGCUGUUGCAGCAUACAUUUCAUAUCGUUCAUGGAUGUCUUCAGGCUUCCCCAGGAGCUGGUGGAGUCGUGAUCUGUCACCCGCAGAACAUCUCCACACGGGUGGAUCCGACCCCUGCACACUGGGUUUUCCGUGCAGCAGUACGCUGGUGCCUGACAUACAGGAGCUGUUUAUGCAGGCACUGAAUGCACCGAGCUGUUAAUAGCCGUGAGUGUGAUGCAAAUCAUUUUCCAUCUUCUGUUUUCAGGUCUCGAGGGAUGGGCACAAUGCGUGCUCGAGUUGUUUAUUCCUCUGCCUACCCGUUCACCUCUGAAGUGUAAAUGGCUGCAGUAGGUCUCCUCCCCUCGCUCAGCUUUAGCUGCCAUUUAGGGCCCCGUCUCCUGAGUGCUUACGCACACGCCUGACUUCAGCACAAAUGCGUGCACUGGCUGCUUUUGGUGGAAUUGGAGAAGGCACGAAUCAAGGUGGGCAUGUGUGCAAGUGCUGGAGGAGUCGGGGCCUUGAGCACGUCGGGACCAGCUGGGAGCAGCCUGCUGCCCUGCAGAGGUGAGGGCUCACUGCUGCUGCCAGCACUGAAAGCACGCAGAAAAAAACAAACUCUGUUCAGACAUUUCUGCACAUCUCAUCCUCGCUGUCUCAAAGGUGUAACAAUCACACCUCCUAAAAACCUCUCCAUUUUUGUAAGGCAGCCUUUUUGUUGUCGUCGUGCUCAGAUGAAGUCUCAUUUAACAAGUGAGGUUGGCUGGUUGGUUACGUUAUAUGAACAACGUGCUUAAUUACACUGGUAUUUAAGAAAUGUUUUACCAGCAUAUUACAGAACAUCGUGCAAGGAAACAGAAAUGCAGAUACAGCAGCAAUAAUUGUGUUUUGUAGUUCUUUUUCCCCUCAUUAUGACUGUACUUGUACUGAGUAGGCGAGAUUUUAAUGUUGUCCUGAAGCCAGCUCUGGCAAAAGCGUUAGUUAAAAGUCAUGUUUGGACUGCGUGAUAAAGCAAUUGUCAAACUUGCUCGUGGUUCCUCCACUGGUUGUUCUGUGUUGUUUCUGUGAGGUGACAAUUCACACCUUAAAGCCACCGUCUAAACCAUACAAAAAAAGAAAAAAAAAAGAAAAAAAGAAACAUGUACCUCGAAUUCUGCUUUUAGAGAAAACAAUAAAGAUUCAUUUUUCUCAC